GUCAGACCCAAUGCAAGCCAAGGGACUGGGGGAUCACGACUACCAAGUAACGCCGAGUAACGCCGGACACCAGCGCUUCCUAGUCAGCGCCACCCAUCGAACUUAGAUCGCAUACAAAGCGUCUUGCUUCCGGUUCACCCCCUCUUUCCCUGUUGGCGUUUGAUUCUCCUUUCUCGCGCACAGCCGGCGUUUCGCGCAAGCAAGUACAUGGCUCCCCUUAUCUGGCUCAUCACCGGCGCAACGUCAGGCCUCGGAGAAGCCUUGGUGUCCCGUGCAUUGGCGGCGGGCGAUGCAGUCGUUGCCACGGGUCGACAGGCGGAGGAAAGACUUGCUCACCUAAAAUCCGACAAGGUCGCCGUCGUCGACCUCGACGUAUCGGCGAGCCGAGAGCGUAUUGAGACUCAGGUGAAGAAGGCGUGGGAGUGCUUUGGGCGGAUUGAUAUCUUGGUGAACAACGCGGGUUUCUCUGCCCCGAAGGCCAUCGAGGAAGCGAGUGAUGGGUUUAUGCAGCGCAUAUUCGACGUCAACGUCUUCGGCCCGAUUCGCGUCACCCAAGCCAUACUCCCCUACUUCCGAUCCCAAGGAUGCGGGUCGGUAGCCUUCAUCGGCGCGGGAGUCGCAUGGGCUCCGAUCCCCUUCCUCGCUCACUAUUCCGCUUCCAAGGCGGCCCUGGACCGGUUUGCCGAGGGGCUGCGAAAAGAGCUCCGCGGUCAGUGCAUCCACUGCACAAUCUUCGAGCCCGGCGGUUUUGCCUCGCAGCUCGGACGUCCCCGGGAUAGAUCCGACGACGAGGGCUUUGGCCAAUACCAACCGACCGUUCCGGACUACGCCGGGUUGUUCGCCGAGACCAUGGGGGUGUUUGCCAACGAAGUCGCUCCCAACAUUCCAGGGGACGUGGUGAAGUUGGCCGACAUCGUUGUGGACUUGGUGCGGUCGUCUGAGGGGAUGGCAGGGCAGUUGCCGGUACGGGUGGUGUUGGGCAGUGACUCCCUAGCGCUCGUGAGACAGAAGUGCAAGGAGCAGUUAGAAUUGGCUGACGGGUUCGAGCAUGUUUCUCGAAGGACGGACCGGGAAAAUGCCGCCGAUCUCCGUUAUGACGGCAUGCUAGGGUUAACGUCCCUGUUGUCAUAGGUGGUAGCUGACAUGGAGUCAAAAGCGGCGAGUGUUUAUCCUGGGGCUCACGCAAUAUUCCCGCUACAGUGACCAAACCAACACCCCGUUUGAUGUGUCGGAAGUGUUGUGCGAUGCUGGCGCUUCCGCCAAUAUUGAGGCCCUUCAGGCGACAUUUCAUAACGUAGAUUAUCGAUUGUUGAUUCAA